AUGAUGCUCGCGUGGAACCGCACGCUGCCCCGCGGAGGGAUGACGGGCGUCAUACGCGGCUCGCACAGGGGCGUCAUGCGGACGCUGAUCUCCGCGCGGAGGUGGGGCGGCAUCUCGAACCUCUGGCUGCUCAUUCGGCAGUCCCUCUUUGGAGGUUCUGCAUCCGACCCGGUGGCCGACGCCCCCGGCGGGGUCAUGCGGGCGGGGGAUUUGCUCGUGAUGCACCCGUAUCUGGUGCAUUCAUCAGCGCGGAACCACCAGGACACGGUGCGCCUCGGCGGGCAUCUCUUCAGGGGAUACCACCACCCCAUGGACGAGGAGCAGAUACUGGAGUUCUGCCGCCGGCAGGAGGGCGGCACGCGAAGGGGAGAUCCCCUGCCCGCGAACACGGAGCUGCUCCUGCAAGGCUUGCGGCCCCUUGACUCGUCCUGCUCUUCCAUCUCGUCCUCAGCAUGA